AAUAGAGAGAGAGAGAGAGGAAAAGAAAAGCUUAGGUAACGUGUUCGCGGUGGCGGUGGGCGCUGGCGCAAGUCAGAAUUUACCCGAAAAUCACAUCUACAACUUACGAAGCACGAAAAGAAAGCCAUGAGAGCAAGUGACCGCUGAAGCCCACUGUUGGCUCCUUCAGUUUUCCUAUUUUUCCUGUUUAAGCCUCUCGAACUCGAUCCUCUAAAAUUUCUCAGCAUAUUAAUGUCAUCAAGAACAUUGAGGAGGAGACUCCAUCAUGGGGAUGUCGGUGGAGAAAGCCGUCAGCAUUUUGAGACUUCAGGGAUAGAUUCUUUGAGUGAGCCCCUCCUGGGGGAACACGAUUAUAGUGAGAGGUUAUCUGCACUUGAAGAUAUAUGGGAUGAUAAAAAGAAGGAGCAGUUUCAUUGGACAUUCUUAUUUUCACAACUCAUAGCGCAAUGGGCACAGUGGUUAGCAAAUAUUGUGCUAGGAUCAGGAUCAUUGAUUGGGCGACUUGUAUCACUUCCUUCUACUGUUAUAAAUAGAGAAAACAAUAGGAUUCUUCCUCCUUCUCUUAGCCCUUUGCAGCAAGAAAGACACAGAAAUUUACGGCAACGGCUUGAAGUACCCUUUGACAGUUCUAAAACAGAGCAUCAAGAUGCGCUCAAACAAUUAUGGACACUGGCUUACCCUGACAGGAAACUUCCUGGACUUAAGUCAGAGCUUUGGAAAGAAAUGGGAUGGCAAGGUGUUGACCCUUCAACAGAUUUUAGGGGCGGUGGAUUCAUUUCAUUAGAGAAUCUAAUUUUUUUUGCGCAGAAGUAUCCGGAAUCAUUCCAGCGAUUGUUGCAUAAAGAUAAUGGAAUCAGAGCAGAGUGGGAAUAUCCAUUUGCCAUUGCUGGAAUUAAUAUCUCCUUUAUGUUGGCUCAAAUGCUAGAUCUCCAAGCAGAGAUUCCAUCUUCUUCGACGGGAAUCCGUUUUCUUCAUUUGCUUGAGCAGGAUGAAAUGGCAUUUGACAACCUUUAUUGUGUUGCCUUUGAAAUGAUGGAUGCUCAGUGGCUUGCAAAGCGUGCUUCUUAUAUGGAAUUUAAUGAUGUUCUGAAGGCCACUAGGACGCAGUUAGAGCGUGAGCUUGCCCUUGAAGAUAUCUCCAGUGUAAAAGAUUUGCCGGCUUACAACCUAUUGAGAUGAUUUUCGCUGUUCAUUUUGUCAUUUGGUAAUUUGGAAGAAGAACAAAAGAGAAAAGAAAAAAAGAAUAACGUUGAAAAUCAAGUUUAUACGGUCUGAAUUAUGUCAGGCUCUAUCAUACACCCUGUACACCAGCAUAUGUACUUGUACCAUCGCUCAUUAAAUCGUUUUAUCGAAGAGCUGCUUCUCUAACAUGAAUUCUGAUUGUAGCCUUUAAAUGACUUGAAUGCCCUUUGUCUUGUUGGUUUUUGGGGUGGUGAAUGGGACUGAUUUCGAUUCUUAUUCUGACGAGGGGUUCAAGCGGUGACAGGCUUUGGUGUUUGGAAUCACCAAUCAUGUAACAAGUCGGUGAAAGAAUCAGAUUUAUUUAUGAUUCUCUUUGAACAGGUUUGAAUUUUUUAUUGAUUAAUAUAUUUUUAAUGUUUGUUA